GCAGCUGCUUCCCCCUCCCGCCCACACGUCCCCGGCGGGGCGGAGCCGUCGCUGCUAUGAUGGCGUCUUGGGCGCUGUUGGCGAAGGAUCAGCCGCUGCGGUGCCAAUAGAGAACGAAGGAGCCGGGCGGCCGGCGGGCCGGGCAUGGAGAGCCUGGCGCAGCCCCCGCCGCCUCCGGGGUCGCUGAAGAGGGGCGGCGGGGGCGCUGCCAGCCAGCUCCUCCUGGAAGAGGCGGUGGCAGGCGAGGGCGGCUGCAGGGACGGGCCCGCAGCGGCUGAGGAGGGCGGCGGGCGGCGCAGCCCUUCCCCUCAGCCGGUCCCCGCUCCCGUCGCAGCCCCUCGGACGGCGUCUCCUUCACAGGCCGCGGAGGACAGCUCGCCGGCGGAGGACAGUUCGCCGGCGGCGGACGGCGCGGCUCUGGCCGUGCCGGAGAGCCCCGGAGCGGCGCCUACCUCGGAGAGCGGUGCCGCGGGGGUCGGUUCCGGGAGCAGCGAAGCCGCUAGCCCGCCGGGGGAAGAGUCCCGGAGCCUGGACUCGCUGGAGUCCUUCUCCAACCUGCACUCCUGCUGCCCGAGCAGUUCCGAGCUCAACAGCGACGCCGAGGAGGCGGUAGUGGCGGGGGCCGCCUCGGGGGGCCCGGCCCCGCAGCCUGACGGGGAUAGGCCCUCGGCGGGCUCCCAGCUCCUCUCCGCCUCCAAGGAGCGCUUCCCGGGCCAGUCCGUCUACCACAUCAAGUGGGUCCGCUGGAAGGAGGAGAACACGCCCGUCAUCACCCAGAACGAGAACGGCCCCUGCCCGUUGCUGGCCAUUAUGAACGUCCUGCUCCUGGCUUGGAAGAUUAAGCUGCCACCAAUGAUGGAAAUAAUAACAGCUGAACAGCUCAUGGAAUACUUAGGAGACUAUAUUCUUGAUGCAAAGCCUAAGGAGAUAUCUGAAAUUCAGCGUCUGAAUUACGAGCAGAACAUGAGUGAUGCAAUGGCAAUCCUACACAAGUUACAGACAGGUCUGGAUGUCAACGUGAAGUUUACAGGUGUACGAGUGUUUGAAUACACACCUGAGUGCAUAGUGUUUGAUCUUCUUGAUAUCCCUUUGUACCACGGAUGGUUAGUGGACCCUCAGGUUGCUGACAUAGUAAAAGCAGUUGGUAACUGCAGUUACAAUCAGCUGGUGGAGAAGAUAAUUUCUUGUAAACAGUCGGACAACAGUGAACUGGUUAGUGAAGGAUUUGUAGCUGAGCAAUUUCUAAAUAACACAGCUACACAGUUGACAUACCAUGGACUGUGUGAAUUGACUUCAGCUGUCCAGGAGGGAGAGCUUUGUGUGUUCUUCAGGAACAACCACUUUAGCACCAUGACCAAAUACAAGGGUCAGCUUUACCUGCUGGUGACAGACCAGGGCUUUCUUACAGAAGAGAAAGUUGUCUGGGAAAGCUUACACAAUGUGGAUGGUGAUGGAAAUUUCUGUGAUUCUGAAUUCCACCUACGGCCUCCAUCAGACCCUGAAACUGUCUACAGAGGGCAGCAGGAUCAAAUAGAUCAAGAUUACCUGAUGGCAUUGUCUCUACAACAAGAGCAGCAAAAUCAAGAAAUUAACUGGGAACAGAUCCCAGAAGGAAUCAGUGAUCUUGAGCUAGCAAAGAAGCUCCAGGAAGAGGAGGACAGGAGAGCUUCUCAAUACUAUCAGGAACAAGAACAAGCAGCUGCUCAGGUCCAGCAGGUGCAAGGUGCUGCUUCUCCAGCAAGUGGAAGACAAUCUGGGAGUAACGAACGCAAACGUAAAGAACCUCGAGAGAAAGAGAGAGAGAAAGAGAAGAACAGCUGUGUUCUCUUGUAAUAGAAAAUGGAUUCAGUCUGGAGCCAAGUGCAUGUCAUCAGAAGCAAAAAACAAGGAGAAAAAAAAAAAAAAAGGAAGACAAACCCGUUACAUGCCGCCUGUGCCUGAUUACCCCAUAGAUUAUGUUCACAUUUCAAGAGAGGAUGGGUGACUUUGUUACAAUCAUACAAACUUUCUUCAAAGUCAUAGUGCGUGCUGCUCAAGAUGGAAUUCCACAUCUCAGCUGGAUGUGGCUGUGCUUUGAGUUAGUCAUAAGAAAUACUGCACCUUGUAGCUGAACACACAAAUCAUGGCAAGUUUUGUGUCAUAGUGACAUCCAUUACUCAUGACGUCAGUUAGUAAGCUAUUUUAUCUUCUACUCUAAACAAAGGAGGUAAUUAAUUUUGUGUAAGACUUUUUCCUGAAGUCUGUACACUAGCACAACAGAAUUCUGUGUUAUUAACAUGGUAUGAAACUGUAUCAUAGGCUGGGAAUCGUCUUCAAGAUGCAAGAGCCCAAGUAACAGCUGGGCACUGCCUCCUCAUUGUGUCCAGAUUUCUUUGCUUCUGGAUCUGGCAUAUUUGUUUUUUUUUAACCCAGAUUUAUAGUGUUCCUCAUAGCACCUCCUGGCCAGCUUUCUUGCCCCACGAGUAGGUGACUUGACAGUCAUCGUACAGAAAAUUGUCACAGAAAACGGGGCAUUUAUUAAUGAGCAAGAUUAAUAUUGUUUGCUUUUCUUGCAAUUACAAACUGGGUUUGGCAACUCAGAUGUUAUCAGGGUUAAACAAAUAAUUUUAUAGGUAACUUUUUUUUUCUUUUAGUAUGUUCUCUCUUGUAGGUAAACUGGACCAGGUAAAUUCUUAUUUAUUGACCUCUCCAUAUGCUAGGUGAAUGAUGAGAGGAAACUAAGGUCUAUUAUAGUCAUUAUUCUAUAUAAGAAUGCAGAGUUAAAAUAACUAACUAUCUGCCUUUUUUCCAGAAGUACCUUGAACUUUACAGUGACGUUAAUGUGUCCACUUGUAUAUUUAAGCAAGUGUACUCUAGUUAAAAACACUUUCUUGUUUCUUUUAUAAAUCAUUUAUUCUUAAAAAGCACACUUCUGAAGGGUGAGAGAGAGAAGCUAGGCUGCUCUCCGAGAUUGUUUGCAAAGGUGGUCAGGUGUAAUAUUUUGUUAUUUAAAUCACUAAUUUAGAAUUUUUGGAAACCAGAUUUUUCUAAUUUAUGGGAACCAAAUAAACAUGUUGUGUCUUGUAGUAUUUAUAGAAUACAGAAACAGAAUACUUGCUGAAUUUUGAGGGAACCACAAAUCUUCCUCCACUUCCACUAAGUCAAUAACAAUUACCUUCUUGUGGAACCUUUUUUUAUAAAAAUUUAUAUUUAGCAAUUUGUAGAUACUUUUAAAAAAGGCUGCUUCUCCUGGACAUCUUAUGUAUUCAUGCUCUAAGCCUGGGUAAGUGCAUUAGUGUACAAUAAGCUGGUAAAGCUGAGGCAGCCAGGUGGAAUAGGACAGUCUUGGUUUCAGGUGCUUGGGGAAUGUCAAUAAAGGAGAGGGUAUCUAAAACACAAGUUCACCAGUAAAAGGCUGCUUUAAAAUUAUUUCAAGCAGACUUGCUGCAGAGAUGGGCACCUGUCAUCACAGGAAUACCUAGAAUGAAAAUUAGACAGAUCAAAAAAAGAAUGUCUUAUUAACAAAAGGGCCAGUUUGUACCACUUUUUUCUUCCAUUGCUUUGUCUCGUUUUUUUCAACUUUUGUUACAAUAUCCCUUUUAUAAUAAUGAAGUAAUAAAUGGUAGGAGGUAUCUAAUAUGCAAACUGUAAAUUUAAAAAUUUCUGUUCUCUAGAAAAGUCAUCCCCAGAACAGUAAUUUUAAUACCUAAUGUAUGCAGUUCAGAUCAUUUUCUAUGUCAGAGUAAAGGUUGCUGCCUUUUCUCCUUUGCAGCAGCCUAACUUCUUCAAACAAAUUAAUAUGGAGGAUCACCAACAUGACUUACCUACUUUAAGCAGAUCAGAAAAUAUUCCAGUAGUGUCAAUAACAAAGACUCUAAGCCAGAAUGUUAUUUAAAAACAUUCUGUUACUAAGAUUUUCCCAAAUUUGUGUAUUUACAUUUAUUUAUUGACCUUGAAAAAUAAAUAUGUCAAGCAAAGUGUUUGUUAUCUAAUUAUUUUCAGUAACAGAAUUGCCACUUUAAAUUCCUUUUUGCACAAAUUUAUCAGGAGCAGGCAUUGCAGCUAAUCAGUCUACCUUCUGGCCUGAGAUUCUUGCUUGUAUUAGAAAAAUUCAUGUCACAUUUGCAGUUUCAGACAGGUUGAAACCCAGUAUACUGCAGUUAUGGUAAUGUUGUUAUUUAGUCAUAAAGGAAGAAGAGUCAAAUGUCAAUGCUCAUCGUGCAGUCUGAACGCCCACAUAAUUCAGUUUCUCUUAAAUAAUGAGUAAAGGAUUUGAGAUUCUUUGAGAUGGCAGGCAUGCUGUCUGAGCAGUUAUCUUGUUAAUAUCCUCCUUUCUUCACAGGUCUUGAAGCUUUGGAAAAAGGUAAAGAAUUCCUGAAAUCUAGAGCACUGUUCUGCAUGAGUUGAGUUUUAGUGGAGAAAGUUACAAGCUUCUUAAUAUCCAAAAAAAUGUAAUGCAGCUGGAGGCUUUAUUUAUAUCCUGCUGUGAUUAACCAUUCCAAAAGCAGCUGUCAUGGUUGGUAUAUAUGAUAGUAUCUGAUGAUUAAAAAAGAAAUAAAACCAGAAUUGCUUUUAUCUCUAAUAGCGAGCUUGGAAAACAAUAUUACAAAAUAUUCAUGGAGUACUAGAAAGACAAUGUCAACUUCUGACUAUUUACUUCAUUUGCCUCUUCUUGAUGGUCAAUGUCUGGCAAAAGGCUACAGAUUUAAAGUAUAAAUCUGUUUAUACAACUUAGCAUGCCCAUGCUCCAAUUUACAUACAUCAUAUAUAUGAAAGUGUCCAGAAAAGUAGAGUAGAACUUGGUUUCCCACUAGACAAAAGCUAGCACAAAAAAACCCAGACUCAGAAUUCUUGUUGUUGCAUUGUAAUUGUGAAAUAAAAAGCUAAAUACAAGUAUUCUUAAAAUCAUAAAAAA